GCCGCUGAGGCAGCACGGGUCAUGUGACAGGGUGGACGCAGAGGGGACACGGAGUGAACACGGAGUGCACACGAAGUGCACACUGCUGCACAACGCGACGCACACCGCCUGACUGCUGUGUUUGGAGCCGAAGGAAUGAUGUCUGCAGUAAAGCUGGAGGAAUGUCGAGAGAGGAUUCGCACAGAACUGGACAGUGUGGUGGAUUUCUGGCUCAAAUACUCUCAUGACACUGUACAUGGAGGCUUCUUCACUUGCAUUGGGAGGGAUGGGAAGGUUUAUGAUGAGCUGAAGUACGUGUGGCUGCAGGGCAGGCAGGUCUGGAUGUAUUGUCGCCUGUACCGAACAAUGGAUCGGUUCCACAAGCCUGAAAUCCUUGAAGCAGCAAAAGCUGGAGGAGCAUUCCUGAGAAAGUUUGGUCGUGUGUCGGGCGGCAGCAGUGGCCAGUGGAAGUGUGCCUUCUGCUUAACAAGAGAUGGCAAACCAAUCAAAAUUCAGAGGACUAUAUUCAGUGAAUGUUUCUACAUCAUGGCCCUGGAUGAACUGAGCAGGGUCACUGGUGACAAGGACAUGCAGCUGGAGGCUGAACAGAUGAUGGAGCAGCUCAUCUACUGGGUUCAGGUGGACUCCUCAAGCCUGGGUCGGCCCCAGCUUCCUGGAGACGUUCCCACCAAUAGCAUGGCAGUUCCCAUGAUGCUCUUGUGUCUGGUGCAACAGCUAACUGAAGGCCGGGAGCAGAAGGUGGUCCAGAAAUAUAGAGAGCUGGGCAGCUGGUGUGUGCAGCAGAUUCUACAUCACAUCCAGAGAGAUGGCACAGCUAUUUUAGAGAAUGUGUCGCUGGAGGGAGCAGAGCUGCCGGGUUGCCAUGGUCGACUGCAGAACCCAGGACAUGCCCUGGAAGCAGGCUGGUUCCUGCUUCAGUUCAGUGCAGAGCGAGGGGAUGAGGAGCUCCAAAGGACUGCCAUUGACAAGUUUGUGGAGCUCCCUUAUCAGUACGGCUGGGAUAAAGAGCACGGUGGUCUCUUCUACUUCCUGGAUGUGGAUGGUCACUGCCCCACACAGUUGGAGUGGAGUAUGAAGCUGUGGUGGCCUCACUGUGAGGCUCUCAUCGCCUUCCUGAUGGCCUACAGUCAAACCAAGAGGCCAGAACUGCUGGAGAAAUUCUUACAAGUUUAUGAAUACAUUUUUAGCCACUUUCCUGAUGCUGAGAGUGGUGAGUGGUUUGGCUAUUUGACGCAAGAAGGAAAAGUGGCACUGGAUUUUAAAGGAGGUCCGUUUAAAGGGUUUUUCCAUGUGCCCCGCUGCCUGUACAUGUGUGAGCGUAUUCUGGAUGAUCUGCUGGCAAACAAGGACUGAGCAUUCCGGCAUGAAUGUUACCAUAAUGGGAUUGAAUCUGAUUCGCUAGAUUAAACUGUAAUAAUCACGUUAUAACGCAAGAUUGCACUAAUUGUCUGAUAUGCAUUGAUGUGAAGUUACUUGAAUCAUCUCAUCACAUACAGUCACUGAGCAGCUCAUGAAAACUCCUGUUUUUUUGAUACUUUCAUCCACCUGAUGUGUUAUUGUUUUUCUCCCUAUAAGUUACUGCGGAGUUAUCCUACUAUCCAGUGAGUUUGUAUUGUUUCACUAGUUAAUUUUAUGAGCUGCUCAGUGGCUGAAAUGUUCAGCUUACGGGAGACAGCAAUCCAGGGUCAUUUACAACAGUCAUAACAGUCGUUUACACUCAUGUUGACAUCUAUGUGGAUGGUGAAAGGAAUCCUAAACAGGCUCAGCACUAAAACAGCUUGGCAUGCUGGAUCAAGUUCCAUCCCUGGAGCUGUGAGGCAACAUUGUUAACCGCUAAGGUAAUGUCUCUGCCUCAUCAAACACAUAUAAGUCUUUAACACCAAAAAACUAAUGUUCUGUGUCAAAAUGUGCCUUCUGCGUUUUAAAGAGAAUGUAUCUUUACUCAUUCCAGUUUACGCAGCUAGUAUAAAAACUCAUUUUUUAUAUACCGGUUGUUCUGAUAUGCUGUUGAACCAGAAUGUAUCUUAGAGGACUUACAGGCCAGUCAAUGAAUGGUAUGUUGAGAUAUUACAUCUGAUGAUUAAAUGUGCAACAUGAUAAAUUAUGUCACUGAAUUCAUUUGUAGUUAGUUGUUAAUGCCUUUGAAGUUUCAAUAUAUGAUAAGCAACUGAAUGACUUAUUGUGAAGUCAGCUCUCCCACAAGGCAGAAUUCACCUGUACAGAGCCAUUCUACCACACUAUACAGAAAGAGCUGGUUAAUAUGCGAGUCAUUUUAUUUAAGAGAAAAAAAAUA